UGGUCUGGUAGUCACGCGUUUUCCAGAAACCCGUCAGGAAGGAGAAAAACAAAACAAACCCGAGAGCUGUAACAGCGUGAGGACACCAUUCCACAGGAAACCGUGUUUAUUUCCAAGAGAGGAAGCUCCACGAGGUCCAACGUUAAGACAGACGUAUGCGUGGGUGCCUUACAAUUCUGAAGCAUACAGAGAAAACGACACCAGACCACAAGAGACCCGACCAGGUUGGGCCACCUUAAUCACCCUCUCCCUCUCCCCCCCUUCCCUCCACCAUCGCAGACUGCAUUGACAAGCACUCUGUGGUCGCCCCCCCCAACUCCACUCCUCAGCAGUAAUUCGCUGUGCUGAUCAGACAACCUCACACCGCUGGGACUGGACAGGAGACCCAGAGGUUCCCAAAGCUGGAGCUCUAAGCGGUGCCUGGCAAUGCCUCAGCCCAGUGUCAGUGGGAUGGAGCCUCCCUUUGGGGACGCCUUUCAGAACUACUCCUUUGCUGACCAGGCUUUGACCAGUACUGAGCUGCUGGCGACCAGCUCUGACCCAGAUUUCAUGUAUGAGCUGGACAGAGAUAUGACCCACCGGCAGAGUCCCUGCGGGGACAGCAUUGUGGGGCUUGGGGACGGAGGCAAGGAGGUGGAAGGAGGUGUUGAUCAGUUCAUGGGUCUGGGAGACUGUGAGACAGUCUGCAGCAGCUCAGCGUUCGAACAGUGGGACUCGUACUGGGAAGAUCUCACCAGAUACACACGGCUGGCCAGCUGUGAUAUCUGGGGAACCAAAGAGGUGGAUUUCCUCGGACUGGACGACUUCUCCAGUCCCUACCAGGAUGAGGAAGUGGUUAGCCGGACGCCAACCUUGGCUCAGCUCAACAGUGAGGAUUCCCUGCCUGUCUGUGAGACUCUCUACCCGCCCAUUGACCUGAACCUGCCUGCGCCGCAGACUCAGCCCCCCCAACUCCCCUCUCACAGUAAGAGGCUCCUGGUUCCGAACCAGGGAUCCGGUUCUGUGUGGCCUUCCCCAAGCGCCUCUUCCCGUCCGUCUCGCAGCCGUCCUCCAGACUUUCCCGAAGGCUCCCAAAAGGCAACCAGACCUGUUCCUUCCAGCACCGAGACUAUGGCAAAGGCCCAGAACUAUCUUAGUCUCACCCAGGACCAUAGCCAGACUCCAGGCAAGCCUGCGGGGAGAGGAGCAAAGAUGGCUGCCCUGGGUUCUCACGGAACUGACUUUGUCCGGAAGGCUAAAGUACGAGUGAGUUCUGUUUACAGAGCUCAAGCUGACUUGCCUUCCCAAACAGAUUUUAAGGGGUCGGAGCCACCUCUACCCCACAGCCAGCCCCAGGAGGAGAAAGCUUCCACUUCCACCUUGGUUGGACUUCCUGUUGCCGCUGCUGCUGCCAGCAGCUCUGCCAGCACAGCAAGCUUUGAGAAGAAAACAGAGGGCAUCGUGAAGAGGGAGAUCCCAGGAGGAUGCUCCGCCUCACUGCCUCAGCUAGUGGAAGCAAACCCGGCUCUGAAGAGCAGCAACUCCGGGCCGACCAGCCGGGAGGGCGUGGCAGGAGCCAGUGGUGAAGGUGGCGUCCUGGGGGUCGCAGACCCCGAACAGGGCAAGGAGGAGGAGCACAAUUAUUCUCUGUUCCUGACUCGCAGUGGACUUGCAGGCAGAGGCCACUCCCAGCUGGAGGAGGAUGAGGACGAGGAGGACGAGGAUGAAGGAGAGGAAGAUGAAGGGGACGGGCUGGAGUUGGACGACGAAGACCACGAUGAGGGUUUUGGCAGCGAGCACGAGCUGUCUGAGAAUGAUGAUGAGGAGGAGGAAGAGGAGGACGAAGACUAUGAGGCCGACAAGGAUGAUGACAUGAGCGAUGCCUUCUCUGAGCCAGGCUGUGACAUCGAGCUAAUGGACGACAUUAAAGGCCUGACAGCUGGAGUCUCAAGUCGCAAGAGAGGCAAACGGCGCUACUUCUGGGAGUAUAGCGAGCAACUCACGCCCUCCAAACAGGAGCGCUUACUCAAGCCGUCUGAGUGGGACAGACACACGUUGCCAAGCAACCUGUAUCAGAAGAACGGCCCUCUGCAUGGAAAAUACAUGCUGAAGAAGUCUCGGCGCACUGAUGUGGAGGACCUGACUCCCAAUCCACGCAAACUUCUGCAGAUCGGCACUGAGCUCCGCAAACUGAACAAGGUGAUCAGCGACCUGACUCCGGUCAGUGAGCUGCCGCUGACGGCGCGACCACGCUCUCGCAAGGAGAAGAACAAGCUGGCGUCCAGGGCUUGUCGUUUAAAAAAGAAAGCUCAGUACGAAGCAAACAAAGUGAAGCUUUGGGGACUCAGUACGGAAUAUGAUCGGCUACUGUUUGUGAUCAAUGCCAUCAAGGAAGAGAUAAUGGUACGAGUCGAGGAUUCUUCUCCACGUUCAACCAACAUGACAGAGACUCUGGAGCAGCUCAUCCAGGAGACACUCGUGCCAUCACCUGUUGCUGGGCAGACUUCAGAAUUCGUCAAUAAGAUCUUGGAGAACACAAGCCGCGGUGAUCCCACUGGCGGUCUGGUCGGCCUGCGAGUCCCCACCUCCAAAAACUAGACAAACAGCCGUCCUGGGAGAGAAGCGGACCGAGAAUUUUCCACCUUGCUGUCUCAUUGUAACUAUGCCCCUCUCUGCAUGCCCCUCCAACCCAGACUGCAUACACAGUGUAUGACACACAAACACACACCGAUCCUUAUGUGUAUGUCUGAGCGCUUGUUUUCACCAUGCACCUGUACGGCACGCCCAAGCUUUCAGGCUCUGCAUGCAGAGACGGAACAUCAUCAUCAUCAUCUCCCGAGUCAUGGUGGCCACUUGUCGGGAGAAGUUCAUCAAAAAGCAAGUGACGGCUGGGUAGACGAGGAUUGCUGCGCCCUUAAAACCACUGGUGAUGAGUGUUUAACAUGUGUUGGAGGACGGAGACGGACAUGAGUGCAACCGCUGGAAUAUUUUCACGGAAACCAACAGACCCUAACAAAAGGUCGAAGAAGCUCCAGCUUUUAUGAAGAGGUUCGCCCUACAAAAAGCAACAAACGGAAAACUAAAGACUGAAGAAUUCCAGGAUGUUUAAUUGACUCAUUCACUAAAGCACUUUGACCAUAGAAAAUAGUUCUGGUAGUUGCAAAGAAAAAUGCAGGGUGGUAGCAAAUGUUUUUGUACUGAAGGCUUAAAUACGUUCAUGCCAUCACCUGUUUGCCAAUCAGCUUUGCUACUGUAAGAAUAGUUGACACGAAAAGAAAAUCAGUAGCAGCUGAACGUGAUCAGUUGGGAUUAAACGACAGCCAUCCUGCGCACGCAGAGCUCGUGGCGGGCAGCUCUGCGGCUGCUUUUCGACAAUGUUACCUUAAACAGGAGCGUGUGGGUUAACCACGUGUUGAGGAAGAGCAUGUAGCAUGGUGCUUUCUGGCCUUGUGUGGACCGUAACUGGACUGGGCAAAAAAACGACAAAAAAGAAAAAGACGGGCAUUUGGCCAGUAUGGGGACUGCGAGGAAGAUGAUAGCGGUGACAUAAACGGCAAUCCAUCUCCUCCAGGAAAAGGUUUCCCAGGCACCGCCGCUCCCCCCCAUUUUUUUGUACAGUGGAGGUGACCAGACAGUUUGGUGUGUUCAUACUAGUUUUCGAUCAGAGUUCUAUUCAUUGUGCCUUGUGUAUGUAUGUGUGUGUGAGAGUCUCUGUCAAUCUGACUGUGUGUGUGCGUGUGAGAGAAAAGGGCUGAACAGGAAGUGCAGAUAUGUUGGAGCCCCUUGAGGUCCAGCUCAGGCGAGGAGAUAGCUCGUGAAUGCGAGGAGGGACACACUUUUGUGCGCUUUGGUGUGUGUUUCCGUCGUCUAAAGAUAUUCUGAAUGUACAUAAACAAAUGGAAGCUCUUGUUGCGCGAUGCCACAGAGUCAGUGUAUAUAGGAGGGCUCUGC